AUGUCAACAGAUAAACAUCCAGAAUCCAUCCCUGCUCUUCUCACUUCCCUUCGAGAUCUGCGGGAUACCAAUCCCAAAGCUGUCCGAGCAAACGUUCAUAUCUAUCCAGCAUCUUUAUAUGUCAACAAUGGUGAAUCAAGCAGCUCGACUUCUGGUUUUAGGGAUAGGAAAAUCACAAGUUGGAAAAUGACUGAACACAUGUAUUUCAACGCUCAAAAUCCGUUUCCAACUUUAGCAAGAGGUCUAUUCACUGAACAAGUGGAGGAGGGAGAUCCACUUCCAUUGGAAAUCAACAGCUCGGGAGAUAAGUGUCAGAGACCAAACGAUAGGAUAAUAGCUAGAGGUUAUGAUAAGUUCUUCAAUGUUGAUGAAGUAGAAUGGACGAAUUGGUCAGCAAUGAAGAUACACACCGAACCUCCCUAUCACCUCACCUUGAAGUCCAAUGGGUGUCUGAUACUGAUAUCAGCUUUAUCCCCUUCUCACUUGAUCGUCGCUUCCAAACAUUCUUUAGGAACAACUACCGAAUCGCCGGAACAAGCAAAAGCACAUGCUGCCGUAGGCAGAGAAUGGGUCAAGAAAACCUUGGCCACACAGGGAAAAACUGAAGCUGAAUUGGCGAAAAAGCUCUGGGAUGGCAACAUGACUGCUGUAUUGGAAUUAUGCGACGACUCGUUCGAAGAACACGUCAUUGCUACACCAGCACACUGGACCGGCCUGCAUUUACACGGAUUAAAUCAUAACACUCCUCAUUUCUCUACUUCCUCUCCCACAGAAGUCAAGGCUUUUGCGGAAGAAUUCGGUUUCAUCCAAACUAAAUACGUUGAGCUUCAAACUCUGGAUGAAGUCAAAGCAUUUACAGACGAUGUCGCCAGAACUGGUUCAUGGGAAGGAGAUAUGAUCGAGGGCUUUGUCGUGCGAUGUACAGUCAAGAAAACUUCACCAGAAUUGAAAGAAGGUAAACCACCCUACAGACCCGGAGCACCUUUUUUCUUCAAAGUGAAAUUCGACGAACCGUAUUUACUCUAUAGACAGUGGAGAGAAGUUACUAGGGUAAUGCUUCCUUUAAUAGAUACAUCGGAACCUCAAGAUAUAGCAGCUAUAUGGAAGAAAGUGCGUUCAAAAACCAAAAGACCUGAAAUUGGGGUGUACGCAGAAUGGGUCGGAACCAUGAUUAAAACGGAACCCAAUCUGUUUGAUAAUUACGAUAAAGGUGUAGUUAGGGUUAGGUCAAAGUUCCUGACGUGGAUUGAAGGAGAUGGUCAAAAAGCUUGGGAUGAUGCAAGAGCAGGGAAAAGUAAGAAAGUCUUAGGUCAAACGGAAAAGCAACAAAGUAAAGAGGGUCUGCCCAAAAAAUGGUUGCUUGUACCUAUAGCUGUUCCAGGUUGUGGUAAAACACUUCUUGGAGUCGCUUUAUCGAAAUUGCUCGGAAUAGGUCAUACUCAAAGCGAUGAUGUGACCACCAAACGUACUGCUCCAACAUUCAUCAAGAACAUCACUGCUCUCUUGCAAAAAGAAGAUGUUGUUUACGCAGACAGAAACAACCAUAUUCCAAAACACUAUGAAGAGCUUUCAGCAAUCGCAUCGUCAAAACCACUCCAAAAAUACGAUCUUCGUUUAAUCGGGAUAGUAUGGGAUAUCUCCUCUCAACCAUAUCAUCGACUCCUGCGAAUCUGCUCUGAAAGAGUAGUAUCUCGAGGAGAUAAUCAUCAAACGUUACGACCCGAUCCUACGGUUGACGCAGAGCACGAGGCUGUAGUCGGACAAUUCCUGCGAAACUUCACUUCUCCCGAUCCGUCGCUGUUCAAAGAAUUCAUCGAUGUCCAAGUACUCGAUUCUCCGAGAGGCGUACUGGGGAAGAUUGUAGAUGAUUUAGUGAAGAUCGUUGGAAUACCAAAACCAAGUGGAGAAGACCUUGAUAAUGCAUUAGACAGUGCAACUGAGUACAAGAUAACGACCCCUUAUCAUGCUGUUGCUAAAGUUGGCAAACCAAUCAGGUAUUUCGGUUUAGCACCUGAGAUCGAUCUCUCAAUCAUGAUGAAAGAGAUCCUAUCAACCUUACCAGAAGACGACAACACUCAAUCAGCUAAAUCGGUCUUAGAGGCAAUAAAAUCACAAGAUCGAAUCACAUCAAAACCUCAUGUGACCAUCUCACACGAGAAGAAUGUCUCUUUGGAGCAUGAGGAAAUGGCCGCAAACGGUGCUGGAGAGAAAGAGGGACCGCAGAAGAGACUAUGGGAAACAUGUAAGAUAUUAGCGGAAAUGAAAUAUUCUACAUUAUGGAAAUUUGAUUUAACUCAUUUGAUCUGGGAUCAAAGAGUAAUGACUCUGGCUUUAUCAAAUCUGCGACCUCUACCAAACCCGAACGAUAAACCCUCGACCAUGGAAACAGAACGGGAAAAUGAUGCUCCUGAUUUGGAGAGUGUUUUACCGGCUGAUGUGAGAGAAGUAUUGCAUAUUACAGUUGGAACUACAUCUGAAGAAACUUCAGCCUACGAGUCUAGAAGUCUCAUGAAGAUCCUCAGAGAAACCGGGACUGAUCAAGGCGAGAAAGAUGAAGUCUUUGAAGGUGGAGGAAAAGUGAGAUGGGUCAAGAUAAAUGACAUAAAAGGCGAAGGACGGGUGAAAGGGAUGUAUUAG